UCAUUUCAAUUCGACCGUUCGAAGUGAGCAGUUGAUGUUUGCAGUCAACGCAAGUGUUUUAACAAAAAAAAAAAAAAAUAAUACAAAAUUAUAGCAACAGCCAAGCAAGUAGCAGCAACAACAAAUUGUAGGCAUACAUACACACACAUCUGAAAGUGCUGUGUAGUAAAAUAUACAAAUACAAGCAAACGAAAAGCUCACAAACACGCGGGUGCUGGUGCUGGUAAAAUUCCACUGUGAAACGAAGGAAGUUGUGUAUUAAUAAAAUAAAUAUAAAAAAGCUUAAAGUGCAAAACGUGUAAAUCGCAGCCGUGUGACAAAAAAAAAAACCAAUCACGUUUUUCGACAAUCGUUCGCUUUUGGUACUGUGCGGUGCGGAGCUGGUAGCGUGUGUGCGUGUUUAACAGAGAGCAAGUCCCGCGACCAAAACGAGACGCGAGUGCAAAAAAUUUCAAGGUUUCGAACGCAGCAGCAUCGCCAGCAGAAAACGUGUGGGCAUCAAGUUAACACGGGCGGGGCAGACCAGGCUAAUACAAUUAAACAUUGGCCCCGAGGCUUACAGUGGUACAACAAGUGUGGUUAAAUUGACACAUUGAUAAACAUCACGAAACCCCUACUAUCGCUCAGUACAAAUUAAGCCGCCUAGCACAUACAUACGUACACAUACAUAAGUAUAUCAGCGAGUACAUAAAGGCGAUCAUAGUGUUGUGUACUUAAGGUCUUAUCGCACCCGUUGCUGUCUCCGUUAUCGGCACAGUCACAAAAACGCAAGACUAACGCUGCUGAUAAACGCAGCACAGUCAUCACUUACAGCCGAAAGACGAGUGAUGCGCCUUAUCGCGAACGGAUUACUCCUUUAACAAUUUAAACAUAAACAGAAAGACAAUUCGAAAUGUUAUGCUACAUGUAAAACGGUUAGGGGUGUCGCAAGUGUGCAAAGAGUAUUGGAUAUUUAAGUGUGAUACAAUAAAUUGUUAUAAAAAUUAAAUAGCCUAAAACUAAAAUUCAAAUAUUUAAAUUUGUAGAAUAUUUAAAUACGUUGUUCAGCAAGUGGACUUGUGUAAUAUUAAAAGUGACCCCACCAGAGAAUACAAGCAAGAAAAUAAUUGUAAUUCGCCGCAAAUAAAUUCGCCGUGGCCGACAACCUGUUUGCUGUCAUAUAAAUUUGUGCGCUCUUUCGCCGGCAUUUUAUCUUGUCUUUCCUGCAUUGACGUAAAGAGCGAUACCGUCCACCAUUCCACCGCAACUGCAAGUAACGUUGACGCAGGAGCAGCAGCAGCAGCAGAGGACGGAGCCACGCAAAGCAGCCAUCGCAAUUUUGCCAAGGAUCGCAGCCUCUAGCAGCACCAGCAGCCACCGCAGUCACAGCAACAACAACAUGGAGCCUUACUGGAGCGAAGCAAACGGUCAUGCCGCACAUCCGGUUAAGUAUGAGAGCGAAGCAGCUGUCUCCAGUUUUCCUUAUUGCACAGAAUCUAGUUUAAAUUUUUCAACAUCGGCAACAGCAUACAGCGAGGAUGAUGCUGAAUAUGCCACCGGAAGACGUAAUAAAACAUCGAGGCAAGAUCCAUUGUCGCAUCGCAUCAUUGAGAAGCGGCGACGCGAUCGCAUGAACUCCUGCUUGGCUGAUUUAUCCCGCCUCAUACCGCCACAGUAUCAGCGCAAGGGGCGUGGCCGCAUCGAGAAGACCGAAAUCAUUGAGAUGGCCAUCCGACACCUGAAGCACUUGCAGAGCGAGUGCCUCCAAAAGGAGAGCGAGUACCGCAGCGGUUACAUGGACUGCAUGAAGGAGGCGGCAAAGUUCCUCUACGAUAGCCAAAUGCAGGACUUUUGCUAUCGACUUUUGGCCCGCCUGCAGGAGCAUAUUGACGAGGUGUUCAAAGCUGACUGUUACAAAUCCACCCGCAGCUGCCACAUGCCGGAUAAUGUGAGCGCCUCCAGUGGCAGCCCGCAUCAGGCAUAUCAUCAGCCUCUGUGCCAUUUGCGCGAAAUUCAGGGCGCCUCUGAACACAGCAGUGACCAUAAUGAUGUCAAAGAUCUGAGUUUUCGCAAUCAUCUCAAUCAGCUGCAGCGUAGUCAUCAAGCAGCCGCGGCGGCCGUUGCUGCUGCCGCUGUGACCAAUGCCAGCACUUCCAGUACCAGCAUGGAGCGCCAAAGUCCGAGUAAGCUUGCUGUGGGCAGCGGAAAUGGCAUGGUCAAUGGCAUCGCUACCGAUAAUGUACCCACCAAUUCAACAGGCUCCAACACUGCAAGCAGCAAUGCGGCUAGUUCGACUACAUCGACAUCCACUUGCCACACGUUGGCGAAGACGCCUGUGGCCGCUGUUGCCAUUGCUGCCCACCAGCAGCCGCAUCAGGCGCCAGUGAUUACAUCGACGGCGCCUCAUCAUCACACAGACAGUAGUCAGCACGAUUUUGAGUCUUCGCGUGAACCGUUGCUUCAUACGGAUACCUCCAACAUGCACUCGCCCCCACCGCGGGACUCACUGCUGCAGCAGCAUGCUCAUUUGGCCCAUAAUCAUCACACAACUGAUAGCCUAAUGUCGCUGCGGAUGCGCAACUACUCGGAAUCCUCGCAUGAGAUUGAACACAACAACAAUUAUAAGUACAAGAACCACAUCAAGGAGCGUUUUGUGCACGAGCUACACGACGAGGAGACGAGCAGCGAGCACGCCCCCCACCUGCAGAGCGAGCACUCGCACUUGCACGCACUUUCCGAACACUCCAAGGACGGUACCGAGCCUGAGAUAGCACCCAUAAUGGCCAAGAAGCGUAAGCUGGCUGAAGCAGCCUGCAAUGGAAACCUUCCGCUGGAUGUGCACAAUGAGGCUAGCAACACAAUUCUGCCACGUCCCAUGGUGUUGGUGCGCGACGAAAAGUCCUCUUUUAGCUUCAGUGAUAUUAAGGACAUCAAAGCGGAGCUACACAAUAGCAACUCCAACUCCGGUCCGCUACUGGCUAAGCUGAGCGCUGCAGGCGCACAGUUAAGCACACCCAGCAGCACGACGGCGCCCCUGCCACCCCGUCACUCGUUUACUGUACCUAUCUUUGCGUUGCACGGACAGGGUAACUACUAUGUUCCACUUAAUGUGGAUUUCAAUGCACUGGUGCCGUACCUCAACGGUGUAGAUCUGCUCGAGAAGAGCUACACAAGCAUGCCCGUGGUGCAUCCCAUCAACAUAAACGUCAACUUUAUGUCCAGCUCGGCAUCAUUGUUAGCGGCUGCUGCUGCUGCCGCUGCUGUUGCUGCCGGUAAGCAACAGGCCGUGGUCGCCCCAACCGCUAACACACUAAGCGCUAGCUCAGCAGCCGUGCAGGCGGCUGCUGCUGCCGCUGUGGCUAAGGCCAAGCUGGAGCAGGCCAUUAGCAACAGCUGGUAAGCUCCGCUGACUCGAAAGGAGGGGCGCACCACAGACAACGGAAGAGAACAAGUCUACCUCACCUCUUAUGUGAAUAAUCAUUAAAUGAUUAAUUCCUAAUAUUGUGCGAAAAUCAAUCUGUUGGGAGUCGCUUGGCUGCAGCAGUAUAAACACACACACACACACACACACACACACACACACACACACACACACACACACACACACACACACACAGACAAUUAUUAUUCUGUAUAAAUAAGAUGAUUAAAUUGAAGGACAGUGAGCAACCAGUUAUGAACUGGACGCAGCCUUUGAGGCGCGCCUGUUUAUUGAUCCACUGAGCAAAGUCUACAUCAAAAUUGAACUGUUUUAAGCCAACUUAAUGUACAUUUUGUUUACAAAUAGUUUCAAUAAUAAAAACAAAUGAAAAAUUCUACAAAUUUCUAAUAGAAAUAUACACAUUGAAA